CGUUGAUCAGAACGGAUGCAACUGAUGGACCGCGCACAGUCGGCUCGUUGAUGCGGUGCAGACUAGAUUACAGCCGCGAUUCUAACCGACUCAGGACAUUUUGUUUCUCGUUAAUGCUCUCCAGGCGUUAUUUUUCCAGUAAAAUAAUUAAAAUCAAUAAUUUUCUAAUUAACAAUACUAGCCGCAGUUUGAACACAAUGACAAGCUUUCGGCGGUGGUGGUGCGUCAUUUUGUCCGUAUUUUUCGUAGCCGCAGUCGCAACGCGGCCUUGUCAUACUGCCACCAUCAAGUUCGACCAGAGCCAAACUGGUGAUUACAACUUGCAAAUACACCUAAAAAAUAUAGAAUUGUACGCUGUGUUUGACGAUUCGGCUGCAGGUGACGAAGACUAUGCCGAUUUACCGGACUACACUGAUCCAUCGAGUUUAGGACCGUCCAAACCGAACUCGACGUCGUCAACACCAGUGACGUCAUCAACGCAAAACUCAUACUCGACUACUUCUCCUACCACAACAUUCACUUCUGCAACAGAUCUUUUCGGGCCGGCCAACAGCGAAAAAAUCGUACAAAUGGUCGAGGCGUUGAUCGCCAGCAACGGCAAUGCAUCUGCCAGCGAGACGUACGAAUCCAGCCCGGCGACGACAACCUCUGCUAUGACUACCGCUGUAACUCCAGGUGCCCAAUCGUCUUCAAAUACGUCUAACCGCAAGUGCGGACCUGGAUACUUUAGAGAUCCAAUGGGGCGGUGUCGACGCAUCCGUAAACCUCAUUUACCAUUCCUGCAAAUGGUACACACGCCUGGUGUGAUUAAGUCAUUCCAACCUCAACAGCGUCAAUCCGAUGAAUCGAAUUUCACCGAAUCUAUUAACUAAUAUUUAGUCUUCCAACUAUACAAUCAGGUUGUAAUAAAUGUUACAGUAUUCUCUCUCUCUCUAGUAAAGAAAAAAGAAUAUUUAUAAUAUAUCUUGAUUAUUAAAACUCAAUUGUUAUGUAAUUUCUUUAUUAAUAAUUUCAGCCUUAUUAAACAAAAUGUACUACAUAAUUAAACUAAAACAAGGUUUAUAAUUGUUUAAAAGCAUUGGAGCGAUAGUAUUACUUAAAACGCUAACGUUUAAUGCCUAGUUUGAAUCCAAAAUUAAAAAUUAUAAUUAAGUACAUUUGCUAUGUAUAGUAAAUUAAUUUUAGUUUCUUACGUUUUUAUUGUAGACAAUAAUAAAUUAUAUUAUAAGUAAUAAUCUAUUUUUAAUAUUUAAUUAAAUUUAAUCGUAGCAUAUUUUUCUUUUUUUGUGCUGAUAACAAAUACAAGCGACAGUUGAGAAUUAAAGAUCUGGUCGUUCACUGUACUCUAAUUUAACUUUUGUAGUAGUUAAUUAUUUUUGACUUGUAUUAAGCAUUAUUACCGUAUACCUCACAGGUAAAUGGCUCAUCAACAUUGUGAAUAAUAUACUAUUAUAAGGUGUAUAAUUUUUAAUAAAAAUAACUACAUAUUUGAUCA